AUGAUGACGUAGUAAAGGUCAUUUGGGGUGAGGAGGAAUUCUAUCCAUUCAGUAAUUUUCCGUUUCUGGAAAAUUCCCGUGAAUGAUUAUCGGACUGUCCGAGCUGUAUAUAUACAGGCACGUACAUGGCUCCCACAUUCAAAGCGUCCAUAAUCACAAGAGGUGAUCAGAAGAAAAUUUAAAGAGAAAAAGGAAAACAAAUUAGUUGUUACUUGAAGGUAAAGGAGGCGAAAACUACCGAAACCGUAACUUUAAUAGGAGCAAUAUGGUGCCUGAAAAAAGCAACAACAAGCUUAUACGUGUUGCUAUGAUCUCUGUGCACGGCAACCCCCUGGUGUCGGAUUCAGAGCUGGGCUCCGACGGCAAGGGCGGACAAAACAUUUAUGUCCGUGAAGUCGGCAAGCAAAUGUCCAAGCAGGGCUAUGAUGUCACCUGGUUUACGCGCAGCGAGUCUCCGGAUGAAGUGGGCUUGGUCACAUUAUCACCGACUCUCAGGUGUCAGUAUAUCACGGCUGGACCCCAGGAGCACAUUAACCGCGAUUUCCUCUUUCCUUACCUCGAGGAUUUCAUUUCUCAAAUUGACACUUCUAAAUUCGACUGUGCAUUUACGAACUACUGGCUCAGCGGUUACGUGGGCCUACGUUUAGACUUACCGCAACUUCACGUCCACCAUUCCCUGGGGAGUCAGAAGUAUGAGCGUGAGCCCAUGCCAGAAAUCGGACCAAUUCGUCUGAAGGUAGAGGAAGCAAUCAACAAACAUGCUGAUUGCGUAGUACACCAGACCACGUCUGAAGUCGAAUCGUGUAAAGCGAAAAACCCGGUUCUCAUUAAGGCUGGGAUCAACACGGAACGAUUCGAAGCGUUGGAUUCUAGGGCGGCGAAAAGAGACCUUGGUUUCAGUGACGAUACCAUUAAUGUUUUAUUUGCCGGGCGAUUUGCAACACAGAAGGGCAUUCCAUUUGCCAUCGAGGCCAUGAAGAAAACCAAAGUUCCUCACCACUUUAGAUUAAUCGGAAACUACAGAGGUAGUGACUAUGAAUACCUUGUCCAAGAAAACCCUCAACUUGAAUUUUUGGGUCAGAAAACUCCAGAUGAACUUUCAAAGUACAUGGCUGCAUCGGACAUUUUAAUAAUGCCAUCUCUUUAUGAACCAUUCGGUAUCGUUGCUAUUGAAGCUAUGGCCGCAGGCUGUUGCAUGAUAGUGACAUCUGUAGGCGGACUAAAUGAGAUUGUGCAAGACGGUGUCCACGGUUGCAAAGUCCCCCCAGGUGACGCAGACGCGAUCUGUGCUGCCUUUGAAAAACUUGCCAGAGAUUUAAACAAAAUGCGAGAAACUGGGGAGAACAAUCGUAAAGUAGCAUUCGAACAAUACAGCUGGGCAGCCACUGCCGGUAGCAUCGGUCAGAAACUCAAAAACUUGCUCACCAGAGAUAAACGCACGACCUUCGAUAAGAUAUCCAAAUCCUUCACACACAGAAAUAUAAUUGGAACAAGAGUCGGUCGCGGUUAAAUGUGCAUGAACUAACUGGCGAACUUAAUGUGCAUGAAAAGACUAUUUUAUUUUGAUAUGAACUAUUCUUUACAAACAAAUGUCCAUAUUUCUGUAUCAUAUUGUAAUACACUGUACAUAGACACACAGAAAAUAUACAUUAAAGAUUUUUGAUAAGAUA